CCUUACAAUCGAUGGGUUACAAAGUUCACGUUAGUUUCUUUGGUGCGCUAUUCUACAGCCAGAGGUCAUGACGCCAAACUUCAUUCAACAUUUUGACGAUUUAAGGUAACCUACCUGGUUGGUAGAGUCACCCACCGUAAUGACCUCAUCAGUCUGUUGACACUGAUAGCUUCCCUGACACUGUAGCCAGAAGCUAGCUAGCUAGCAUGCAGCACUGGCCCGGUCUUUCCAGGAGGCAGCGCUGCUGAGAGGCGAGCAGUCAGUGCUGAGUGUGUGUCUGCCGAUCCGGCUAUGGAUGACUUCACCACCAGGACGUACGGCACCAGCGGCCAGGACAACAGACCACUGUUCGGGGAGACCUCGGCACGGGAUCGAAUCAUCAACCUGGCUGUGGGGGGCUUUACGUCUUUGGUCGUUUUAGUGACCGUUAUCUGUUCAUUUGUUUUCCCCUCGUUGCCUCCACGGCCGCUUAAUGUCUUCUUUGCCGUGUGCAUCCUGCUAACCUGUGGAUCCACAAUAGUGCUGAUAUUCUGGUACCGGCAGGGCGAUCUGGAGCCUAAAUUCAGAAAGCUGAUCUACUACAUGCUGGUGUCCAUCGUGCUGCUGUGUCUAUGUGCCAACCUCUACUUCCACAAUGUCAAGUGAAGAGGAGGAGGAAGAAGGGAAGACAUAGCCUUGACACGUGGAAGGACUACGUGGAGAGACAAACGGACCAACACAACAACAAAAAACUAAUCACACACAAACUUUGCUCCCACCUGAGCUGCAGCAAACUGACUCAGACUUGUUGGUGCUGAAACAUAAUGCACUGCACACACUCAUACACCCAACGUCACGGUAUAGAAAUCAUGAUGUACUGUAAGAGGUCAUAAAUCUGCCUGGAGAAACACUGCUGGAGGAUGAAACAGGUGUGUUUACAUGAGCAUAAACAUUGUUAUUUACAGUCAUAUCCUCUCCGCAACAACAAAUACUUAACUUUAUGACAAAACAACAGGUUUCAUAAGAGUGGUAUAUGAUGAUGAUGAUGAUGAUGAACAGUUAAAGGAAAAAUCUGCCCUUUGAUCCUGUUAGUGUAGGUCUCCAUCCUGUCUUUUUUGUGUCUUUUUACAUGUUUCUUUGCCCUCACGUUUCUGAUUAACUAUAUUUAUAUCUUUAAAAAACAGAAAGGAGGGGGGGGGGCAAACUGUUAUUUGUAUAAACAUUUUAAUCAUGCUGUCAUGAUCAACACCAAAUUUGUGAUGACUACUUCACAAUUGUUCCAAACGUUCCUGCAAACUCAAACUGGUAAAUCCAUAUCUGCUGCCUGCUCGUUUAACGGUGCAUUCAGGGUCAGAAAAUAUCACCAUGUUGGAUGACGGGAAGUGGAUCAAUGAAGAAGCCACUGUCCCAAUUCUUUACUACAUACAAAUAUGAGUGUAUGUACUACUAACUGUCAGUUUAUUGUUUUUUUUUUAGUUGGUAUACUGGAACUCAAACUAAAUGUUUUUCCAAUGAUUUAAAAUGUUAUCAUUUCAAAAUCUUCCUGGAGCUUCUUCUUCAUCACCAUCUGCAGUUUAAAAUAUUGCCAGCUGUGAGCAGCGCCUCCAGUUGCUUUGUAUAUAAAAUUUUACAUAGCACACCCAAAGAUCAAGCACUUUUUUUGUAUAUGUAAUGUAUGUAGUGUAGAAUUGGGACAGAGUCAAACACCCAGCUUGCUCUUGUUCAUAUGCAUUAUGGCAGUUAAUUGGACAGUAUUUGGCUAUAUUAUGCUGUUACAUUAUUUGCCAGUUUUCUGUCAUGUAGCGGUGUUAAAGCUCUACAUGUGAUAAUUUGGCACAAUAGUGACAGAGGACUUAAGACAGAACAGAACUUGAGGUUAGGAAACACGUAAAGGAUAAUAAUGUUGUUUUAUAUAAUUUCUGUUCACCUCAAACAAACAAAACACCACUUUCUGUGAAGGCACCACAAUUUUGAGACAGUGUGCUUUCUAUAACACCAUCCAGGUCAUCGUGAGCUGAUUUUGAAGGGCUUUAAAUGUAGGGCUUCCACCAACAAUAACUGAUAUUGGUGACUUUUGUGGCUUAUUAUUUUUAGAUUAAUUAAACAAGUCAAUAAAAUGUCAGAAAAUAAUAAAAGAGGCAUCUUCAAAUGUCUUGUUUUUCUCACCAUCAGUUCAAAACUAUAAGAGAAAAGCAGCAAAUUAUCACAUUUGAUUAGCUUGAAUCAGAGAAUGACUUGAUGUGCUUGAUAAUUGACUUAUUUAAUUACCUAAAGAGUUGACUAAUUGAUUAAUUGUUUCAGUUUUGGAGCUUCUUGGUUCAAAACCUGACAUUUUUUUUGACUCUUAUAAGUUGACAAACCUCCUGAACGCACCAUUAUAUUUGCUCUCUGUGAGUGUGUGAAAUCACAAUGAUGCUGUUUUGACCCUCUGAUUUGGGGAGGAGGUGCUCUGAAGCCUUCAGUCCUCCCAAAAACCCACAACUACAGCUGUGAAUUCUUGAGGCCACUAUGUCUUUCUAAGUGGGUUCUCUGGUUUCAUGUGUUUGUCUGACAAUGAUGAUUGUUUUAUAUUUCUAAAAAUAUUCAAACUGAACUUGUAGCUGCUGGACGUGAGUGAGUUGCCACGUAGCUUUUAACUGUUGAGAUUUUAACAGGGUGGAUUUUUCCUUUAACCACGAUGGAGAUUAUGAGCAUGUAAACACACUUGAGUGAAGCAGAAGGGGAGGUCUGCCCUUCAGUACUGUAGACUAGCACAAACUAGCUUACCCAACAAUAGGACAAGCAGCUUCAGGGUUCUGUGGCGAAUAUAUGCAACUGUUUAUAUAUAUAUUUCUUUUCCUUUCUAUCACUGCUUCUUCUCUGCUCUUUCAGCUUAUCUGUUUAUCAUGGUUGGAUUUAAUUAAUUUUCCAAAUCAAGUCUUGCUAAGAGGAUUUUUUAUUAGAAACUCAUUUAAAUGCUGAAUUACACUUGACUUACUGCCAAUUCUUGCACUAAGCAUUGGUUGACUUGCACUUGUAUCUAAGCCACACACACAGGCCAUCUGUAGCACCAAUGAAAAUUAAUGGGAACAUUCCACGUGGCUUUACACUGAAGCUGCAUAGCACAACAGAUCUUAAGAUGGAUCUGUACUUGUUUCUAUAUCACAUUGAUGUGUCUGCCAUCUAAAUUUUGCACUAAUAAUUCUGCCAUUUACAAAUCUGAGCUGGGCUUUUCCAGUGUCUGUAGCAUAAAGCAGUUUGAAGUUAGAUUUCUCUGUAGGUUUUUACAUCAAGAAUGAAAAUUCUUUGGUAUUUUAGGUACAUUCAAGCACAUUCACUGUGUUAAAACCAGGCUGGGUUUGGAUGUUGCAGGUGCGAAAAACACGGGCUAACAGACUGAUGUCUACGUUGCAGCUUUAGUGGCCCACAGCAUUCAUGGAAAAAAAGAACUGAAUAAUGGAUUUUGUUUCCAAAUGUACCUUUGCACCAAAAUCUAUUGGACACAAAUUUUAACCCGGAAUUGAGCUAUUUAAAAGUCAGCAAAGUAGGACGUCAAAAAAAUGAUUGUCUUUGUCUAAUCGGACCAGUGAAAAUGCUCAUCACAGUUUCCCAAAGCCCAAUGUGAUGUUUUCAAAUCAUUGUUUUGUCCUACCAAAAGUGGAAACCCCAAAGAUGUUCUAUUUACUAUUAAAAACCAGCAAAUAUUCACAGUUCAGAAGCUGGAACCAGAGAAUUUUUGGCAUUCUUGCUUUAAAAAUAGCUUAAUUGAUGAGCGAUUAAUCUUCUGUCAGUUGACUAAAUCGGUCGUUGCAGCCCUACAGCCAAUAAUGAAUCACAAAGUAAGGCUGGAACGAAGAGACAGAUUCCUCCUCAUUCAUUAAUACCCUGCAGAUUUGCACCCUCUGCCAAACUCUUAUUGUGGUGUCAGGUUUGUUCACAGGAAGUUCAAUCUUAAAGGAAGAGGCUGGCAUGUUUUAAUUUUUAUUGUCAACAAAUCCCAAUGUGUUAGUCCGUCUAUCAAUACUUUCUGACAUCCUGUCCGAGGCUCUCAGUUCCAAGGAAAUAGUGUAUUUUUUGGGGACUAUUUUAAGCGGCGUAUUAAUCCACAUUUGGCACUUUAGUGAGUAACUGGGCAGUGUAUGUGGCAUUGAAUCAAAAUAAGCUACAGAUUGUAAUGAAGGAAAAUGCCAUUCAGUGCAACAGUGUGGCUCACUGAUGUGGUUUUAAUAUAUAUAUAUAUUUUUUUAAAUAAUGGAGCUCAAUACUUGUGUGUGUAUCAAGUGUUGAUUUCUUGUUAGUUCUGGUCUUUUUGUGGGAUUUGUUGACAGUAAAAUAUAUAAUCAUUUAAACUUGUCUCAUCCCUUUAAUAUAAAACACCCAGCUUCUCUAUGUGACAUGAUUUCUGGGGGUUGAAAAAGUAAGAUUUCAUACUUAACUGGCUGUAAAAAUCUAAAAUUGAUGUAGUUUAAAUUCUUAUGUAGCAUUUACUUCCUUGGUUUGCAGCUGUAGGUUUGUUUACAUAUAAUCUGCAGUAAAGCUUUGAGUGACACUUCCACAGAACCUGUGGGGGAAAAUGAGCCACGCUUUCCCACCAGAGAAGUCAACCUCGCCACGACUUUAGGAAUGUCAAAGCCAUGUGUUUAUUCUUUAUUUCAUUUAUUUUAUGGAAUAAAUAAUUGUGUACCCUGA